UUCUGAACAAGCGCAUCAACAACAUUCAUCAAGUCUGCCAAAUACUACGCUUCCACAAACUACUAGUCCUUCUUUUUUUCCUACGAACAUCAGUCGUACGGCUCAAUCCGACAAGCCACUUUGUGAUCCUGCGUUAUCAAGACGCCUGUUACGAAAUGGACAGCAACACCGUUCUUCGCACCACAUCAUUCUUGGGGUUGACCUCCUCCAUCUGGCUCUCUGGGAUCUACUACUCACAAUCUCACCUCACCAUUCCCCUGCUCUACGACCUUGCAGAAGACACUAGCGCUUCAAUCUUCCAAGAUCUGUACUACAGUGGAGCAAAGCUGAUUGUUCCCCUUGUUAUCACUUCCGUACUGUGCUCUGGGACUUCGGCUUACCUAGACCGCAAGAGGAGAGUCCGCUAUGUGAUUGCGGCACUUGCGACAAUCGGGACUUUGGCUUGGACUAGAGCCGUCAUGAUGGGUGGGAUCCAGAGGCUGAUUGCUCUUGCAAAUGAACCACUUCUACGGGAAAAGAUGCAGCCAGGCGAGGUCGUGGAACUGUUGAAACAGUGGAGAUGGAUGAACAUGGUACGGGCCGCUCUGGCGGGUAUUGGAGGCAUUGUUGGCUUGCUGGGGAUGAAUGGGACUUUGUGAGCAUUAAAAAUGGUGUCAUUCUAUAAGAGAACAGCCCCGAAAGUCCUUGCGGCCUACAAGGGCUUCCCGCUAGAAUCAGGAAUCAUUAUCAUACCCUCAACAAGAGUCUCUGAAGCACUUGGCAACACAC